CAACAAACUAGGACCGAAUAGUCUCACUGACAGGUCAUUUUCACGGCAGAGUUGUCCCCGUCAUGCCUUACAGGCCGCCCGGUUUCCGAUCGUCCUGAGAUUGCCAUUUUGACAGCCUCGCAUCCCGGCUCCCCUCCAUCACCCUCCAGCACCCUCCAUCACAAUCGCGUGGCUGAACUCCCUAGCCCAAUGGCCGAGUGAGCAGCCUUUCAGCUGUUUGAAGCUACUGUGCUCCGUACCCGGCACACGGCGGCAAGUGGAAGCUAAAAAGCCAUCAAUACAUGGCGAUGGGGCGCUAUGGGGCUGGAAAGUCCAUCUGGAAUGCUCGCGAAGCCGAAACGGAAACGUCAUUUGGCGGUCAUGGCAGAUUGCGGGUUUGGGACAAAGAGUUGCGGCAAGAGUCAACAAGGCGGGAAAGACGCCAUCUCUUCCCACUCCGCUGGGUUUGUAAUUUCUUUUUGCUCCUCUUGGGGCGGACGCUCACUUCGUUCUAUCUCGAAUGCGUCAAUGGUAAAAACAAGUAAAUAUCAAUACUUUGAGCGUCUUCCCCGCCCCCCUCCCAACAGACAAUCCCGUGGCUGGGUCAACAUCCCGCGGCCAAUCGAGAUGACGGCAAGUCACCUGCGGGAUGCAGCAAGCCCUAAAAGACAUGAUGGCUGGCUUGUUGGUCAGAUGCAGGCGAGACAAGCCCAAGCACCACACUCACAUGUUUUCUCCUCCUUUGAAGCAUGUGGUAUUCGGCAGCUCGGGCCCCUUGGAGCCCGACCAUGGCGUCCUCGAAAGCGGCAACAAGAGAACCAAUGCAGUGGACCAUCGAGGGCUUCGAAGCCGAUGUCGUCCGGCGGCGUUCCGCUCAGGGCUCCCGGCCAAUCAAGGACUCUCUGGGAUCUCACUGGUGACAUCCUCCCUCUGAGACAUCCCCUCUGAGACAACUGAAUUGUCAACCCUUGCACACUGUCUGGUCAUCACGACGCAAGGGCUUGUUGAGACCUGAAAUUGCUUUGUCCUGCAGGGCCCUCG